GGGCGGUGCGCUCAGUGGGCAGAGAUGGAGGCCCCGGGCGGAGAGUUGGUGGCCACCAAGGCCUGUAUUGUGCGCAGGACUGGUAGCCGGGAGCAGCACGGGGUGGCCGCCUCCGGCCUCAAGCAACUGAGGCACAAAGCUUGUGAUAUUCUGGCCAUUGACAAAUCCAUGGAACCCAUCACCCUAGUCCUGGCCGAAGAUGGCACCAUAGUAGAUGAUGAAGAUUACUUCCUGUGCUUACCGUCCAACACCAAGUUUGUGGUGCUGGCUAGGAAUGAGAAAUGGGAAUACAGCAAUACGGAUGGUGGCACCGCCUGGCUCUGUCAGGAAUCCGUCGACGAAGAUGAAACAGAUGGCAGGGCCGGGCUGAAGUGGAAGAAUGUGGCCAGGCAGCUGAGGGAGGAUCUGUCCAACAUCAUUCUGAUGUCAGAGGAAGACCUCCAAGUGCUCAUUGAUGCCCCGUGUUCAGAUUUGGCCCUGGAGCUGGCCCAGAGCCACGUGAAAACCCAGGGGCUCCAGAACACCCUCCAGCAGGUCCUGGACAAGCGGGAGGAAGCGCGUCAGUCCAGGCAACUCCUGGAGCUCUACCUGCAGGCACUGGACAAGGAGGGAAGCCUCCUGAACAAGCAGGCAGAGCCAGAAGCCGGUUUCUUCCCCGAAGAGAUGGAUGAGGUGGAUACGGGCGGCGGCAGCCCCGAGGGAGCCCCCAAAAUCGCACUCGGCAACCAGAUCCUGUCGGCGCUGAAGAAGCCCUCCCCAGAACUGAGCUUGUCCAGCCAAGAUUUAGAGCUGGUUACCCAGGAAGACCCGAGCGCCCUGGCCUCGGCCUUGAGCUGGGACAAGGAGAGAGCGGGCGCCGUCCACCGGGCCUGCGGCCUGGAGCUUGCCCGCCGCCACCAGCAGCUCCAGAGCCUCCGAUCCCUCAGGAACGUGUCCGCCCGGAAGAACCCGGUGCCCUCGGAAGACCAGUCGAGCUCCAAGCGGGCCAAGUGAAAUCCUGGGGGCCCGCCCGUGACCGGCGGCGGGGAAACCACAGUGCCAGCUGGGCAUCUGGGCUUCCAAAGGAGCAGCCUGCUCGUCCCUAAGCACCUCGACUGCCUGCGAGGAUUUCCGAGCGCACCCUUCCCUCCUGUAGAGACGGUGACCCCUGAGGCCGGUUCCCUCGGACGGAGGGGUUGACUGGAGGGCUGACAGAGACGGCGCGGGAAACCUUGGCCUGGCCCAGACCCGCGACUUUCUUGACCCCGGAUGCCAGAACGUGAAUAUUCGAGGAACCCAAGCACACGCGCUAGUCUGGGUGAAAGUCCCUCGAGAGAGCGAUGUGAAGGGAACGUGUUUUCUUGGCGCCAGUCGUUGUCCGCGGGGGCUGUGGCCAGGUGCUGGGGCCUGCCCGGCGGAGGAGGUGGGGAAAGCUGGGUUCCCCCGUUUCUUUCGAGACGUUUUGUCAAUUCGCAGGUGGCAGGGCCAGCUCGGUCUCUUAUUCUUAAUGUGAUCGCAGUCGGUAGCGGGAAAUGAUUCACGAAUGCUCUGGAAAGCUUACGGCCUCGUGCGUUUGAACGUUUUAUCUCUGGGAAACUUAAACGGUUAUUAAAUCGCUUUCCGCUCGGCAUCUGCCAAGCAAAAUCUCA